AUGGCAUCAAGUGUAUCCAAGCAACCUUGUAAAAAAUGUUGCAAAAGUGGAGGAAUAGCAACAUGUGGUGGUUGUGAACAAUGGUUUUGUGGGAAACACUUCAACGAACAUCGACAAGAACUAGCUCUCGAAAUAGAUAAUAUCGAACAGGAACAUAAUCUACUUCAACGAGAUCUUUUCGAAGAGAAUGCCACAAAUUCUCUUCUCUCACAAAUCGAUGAUUGGGAGCAUAAAUCAAUUAAGAAGAUUCAGGCAGCGGCAGAAAAAGCUCGAAUGGAUCUUCGAAAAUAUCUUGAUCACAGUAAGCAACAAUUGAAGACGUCACUUUAUGAAUUGGCUAAAGAAUUACAAUCGGGUCGCGAAUCAGAUGACUAUACAGAAAUGGAUCUGAAGAAAUGGAUGGGACAACUGAAAGAACUUCGAGAAAUGCUUCAAAACCCAUCAACAAUUGACAUUAUUGACGAUAAUCAGGCAAAUUCAAAUAUUCGUCUGAUUGGAGUGAAACAAUAUCAGACGACGAACAAAGCAGGUAGACUGCCAAAGAAAGCUUCCUUUGUAACAAGAUCGAGUGGGUGGAGUCUUCUUCGGAACUCUUAG